CCUGUCCAGCUGGGGCUGGUCCCCGGCAAGUGGCGCCCGAACAGGGACCUGAAGGGAUUGGAGUAUUAAUUUUCCUGAGGGAGAUUAUAGAACAUAUUUAGGUAAAGGCUUGCUAUACCCAUGGAAUGAUUCCUAUAUUCCCCGUCCAUUGAAGGUGAACAGAUGGAAUAGUCAUGGAUGGGUGGCUCCUAUUUAUACCUUUGUUCAUGAAAAUAAAACUUAUUAUCAAUCUCAGUUAUGGAGAUUGCCCUUAACCACUCAUAAAAUAACGUUAGUUAGAGCUACUACCCAUGUGGAACAGUACUAUGUUCAAACCUGUGUGUCUUCUCCGUAUUCCUUAUUGCUUUCUAAUGAUAGUGAAAAAUUGCAAAUUGUACAAAAUAAUAUGAGGUUUUAUAUUACCUGCCAGCAAUGUAUACUGACCACAUGCAUUGUUCCUGAAAUGAAUGUGUCAACCAUAAUAGUGUUAAAAAGACCAGCUUAUAUUAUGCUGCCAGUAGCGCUUAAUGAAUCUUGGUAUACAGAUAUAGGGGCAGAAAUUGUAAGACAGGUUGGAGAGCUCAUGCGACCAAAAAGAUUUGUGGCUACUUUGAUUUUGGGAAUUUCUGCCUUGAUAGGAAUACUGAGUUCUUUUUCUGUUGCAACAUAUGCUUUAGUAAAAGAAGUACAAACAGCACAAUAUGCUAAUGAUUUAUCAAAAAAUAUAUCCUUGGCUUUAGCAACUCAGGAAGCAAUAGAUAGAAAGUUAGAAGCUAAAGUUGAUGCCCUUGAAGAAGCAGUUUUACAUAUUGGACAAGAACUUACUGCUUUAAAAAUUCGUCUAUCUUUAACAUGCCAUAAAAAAUAUUCUUGGAUAUGUGUUACUCCCUUAAAAGUAAAUCAUUCUGAAUACUCCUGGGAAAAAAUUCAAAUGCACAUUUUGAAUGUAUGGAAUUCUAGUGAUUUAGGAAUUGAUUUGGAACAUUUACAUAAACAAAUUCAUGAUAUUGCAGCCUCUCAAUAUGAUAUGAAUCCCUCUAAGGCUGCUGCAGAUUUUUUACAAAACUUACAAAGCUAUUUUAAGGGUAAUUCCUUUAUGCAUAUUUUAAUAAAUUAUGGGGCUGCCGGAGUGGUUAUAAUUUUGCUCCUUAUUUCUUUUCCAGUCAUCAUCCGAUUAAUUCAAGCUGCCCUCCAGAGUGUAUAUAAAACCAAAGUGGAAUUGCAUACUGCCUUUUUAAAAAAUAAAAAAGGGGGAGAUGCCGGGAGCCAUAUAGGAAGUGCCUUUGAGUCUCAGCACGGACGAGACCCAUAGUGCCAAGCAAAGCUGGUACUGUCAGGUACAAAUAAGGAGAAGCAAAGCUCU